AGGCACUUUGCAGAGAUUACAGAAAAAGAGUUUGUGCACAAUCUGCGCGCCAUGAUCAACGGCGAGUUUCGUCAUGACGUGGAUCAAUUCGGUUGGACUUUCUUCAAGGCAGUCGAAGUCGACGGUACCGGGUCUCUUUCGUUGAACGAGUACAGAAAUCUACAAGAAGCCUUCAAUGUGGGCCGUGACGAGGCGGAGGGCAUGUUCAAGGUAAUUGAUGCUGACAAGGAUGGAAAAAUCAGCAGUGAUGAAUAUUUAUCGGCUUGGGUUGAUUACUUCUUGUGUGAGGAUCCCAACAGUCCAUACAAGGCCUUCUUCGGUCCGGUUAUUCAUAGGCCCCCGGAAGGUGUGUAA